UCGUACGUGAAAGUUGGCGCUGCGACUGCGUCUCACAAAAAGCUUUGCCCAUACAAUUUUGAAAGCGCAGGCGUGCAACGGUUUUUUCUGCUUUCAAGCCACGAUUUGUUUUUGUUAUCGAUGGUUUGUUUUUUUUUUUACAUUCGGUUUCGUUGUAGUGUGAAGUGAAAAGCAUAUGAAUUUUGUGCAUAUUUUAUAGAGUUGUUGGGCGUUUUGAUUGUUUAUUUUUUUUUUGGUUAUUUUUUUUGUUGUAAUCUUAUGAUUUGUGCAAUUUUGCUGUAAGCUAACAAAAAUAUGCAGCAACAUUAAUAACAACAGCCAAGGCAACAAAAGUCAACAGCAAUUACGAGUGCUCGUACCAGGCAUUACGACCAAAGGAAGAGCUGCACGAUUCGGGAUGUCUGGGGCCACACACAUGGCUGUGCCGGCGCAUGCGAUGGGAGCAGCGGCCAGCGGAAGUGUUGCCUCCGGCCAGAGCCAGCCGCUGGGCAAGCGCGGCCACAAGCGCUCCGUAUCGCUGGAGAACAAUGCGCCGCUGGCGCUGCGCAGUACGCCGAGCUUUGGCCAGAGCAUGGGCCAGACGGCGCUCGGAUCACCACAGCUGCAGCUGCCCGGGCACACAGCACUGCAUACGGGCACACUGAAGUCACGCCAGGAGCAGCGGCGUCUGAGUCAGAAGUUUGGCAGCCACAGUAAUCUGGAUGACGAUGCGCUGAGUGGCGCACAGAUGCGCAGCAAGUUCCAGAACAUUCGGCAAAUGUUCGAGCUGAGCCGCAGCUGCGUGGCCAGCACCGGCCAGCUGGGCCAGCUGGGUGCUGAUGAUAGCAAGUCGCCCGAGGAGUCGCUCCAGUCAUUGCCGGCAAUGCUCAAUGGCCCACAAACGUCGACAUUGCGCCGCACCACGCCCAUAGCUGCCGGAAGCCGGCUGGCCAUUAGCGAACAGCAGUCGCAGCUGCCGCAGCAGCCGGGCGAGGCCAAAGAACAGCAAAUCGGGUCCGGCAACUUUCUGCGUCCGAUCGCCUUCAAGCCCAUUCCCUUCGAGCCGGACUAUCGCAUUGCCUCUCAGCAACAGCAGCAGCAGGCGCAGCAGCAGCAGCUGCAGCAGCUGCAGCAGUCGCAUUCGACACAGCAACCGGUGCCGGGCGAGCGUUAUGGCUACGGUUCGACGCCUUCGCUGGUGCCGCUCUCCACGGCAGCCACACACAAAUUUGGCAGCACAACAGAUCUGCGUCAUUUGGCGGCGCGCAGACGCGGCCAACGCGUCGUCCAGCGCAGCAGCAACGAGGAUGGCCUCGGCCUGGGCCUGGGUCUGGGUCUGGGUCUGGGCUUGGGUCUGGGUCUGGAGUGUCUCAGCGGCCAUGAUAGGCCGGAUGGCGGCAACAGCAAGAGCAAUGUCGUGGCAGCUGGCAGCGAUCUGACGCCCUCGCCCUCGGACUCGGGCAUAUCGGAGCUGGAGGCGGCGCUCAAGGACCGCGACUCGGAGCUGUCGUAUCUGCGACAGGCAAUGGAACAGAAUGAGAAAGUAAUUUUCAAAGUCCAAAAGGACAAGGAAGUGUACUGGGAGCACGAGACGCAGCGCCUGAAGCUCUUCUACGAGAGCCAGCAGCGCGAGUAUCAUCUCAAGUUCAAGAAAAUGGAGCAGCUGCUGGCCCUGCAGCAGUUCCAGCUCAAGCAGCACAAUCUGCGCCAAUCCGAGCAGCUGCACAAGCUGCAGCAGCAGCUCGAUCUGACGCGCUGCAGCAACAAGAGCCUCAAGAACUCCGAACAGCAGCUGCAGUGCUCCGCCCAGGAACUUAACCAGCAGCUGAACGAGGCUCAACAGACGAUGGCCGCUCUGCGUCUCCAGCUGGAGGACAGCGAGUGGAAGGUUUGCGAACGCAACGGCGAAAUAGCUUUACUCAAGACGCAGCUCAAGGAGGCGCAUCUUGAAAUCAACAUGAAGGAUCAUGCAAUUGUUAGCCUGAGACACAGCAACAACAUCAACCAAUUAAACAACAACAACAACAACAACAACUACAACAACAAUAACAACUACAACAACAAUAACAACAACAACUGUAAGACAAUAACAUGCCAAAGUCAACCAAAGCAGCAGACGGAGGAAAACCAGCAACAGGAGCAACAGCUGCAGCAGCUAAACAAAAUCAUUGCGCUCAAGGAUCAGGUGAUCGGAGCGCUGACCAACGAGCUGGCCAAGCUGCGCAAGGAGCUAUCCGAUCUGGCCAUUGCGCACGAGUACGGCGAGGAGCCCUGCGGCCGUUAUACGCGGCUCAAGCAGCAGCUGGACAACUUGAACGAGAUCUGCCAGAAGACGCGCAAGUAUACGAGUCAGGCGGCGACAAUAACAGCCAAGCCACAGACGACGGCACCACAGCAACUGGACGCCAUCAUGGAGCGACUGCAGCUGGAUCAGGGCCAGCCGGCGCAGCAAGCUUUGGACACGCUCAUCGAGGAGUCGACCACCUAUGCCGAAGACAUAGCCAAGUUGCGUCAAAAGCUCGACGAUUUUCGCAUCAAUCUGGAGCUGGAGAAGCGUCAAUGGUGCGCCGAAAAGGACAAAGUCCUGGGCUAUCAAAAGCAGCUACAGGCCCACUACAUACACAUGUACCAGAAGCUGCGCUGCCUGGACACAGCUGCCACCACAAGCACAGCAACAGCACCACCUACAGCUCCAGCUCCAGCUCCAGCUCCGGCGCCAGUUUCCACUGCAAAGGAGGUGAGCAACCAGGGCUGAACAGUUUUCGUAAUUGCCCAGUUUAUGGUGCUCUUGGACUCUUAUUCAUAUACAUUUAUAUAAAUAUAUAUCUUGCCUGGACGAAGCAAUAUUGUCUACGUUUAAUAAUCAAUUACUAUAUUUAUGCUAUGCCCAGUUAAUCUUAAAAAGAUUUGCAUUUUUCUAACCUUGAUUGGAAUCCAUAUCCAAUACAGACUAUAUAACAUAUACACGAGAUAUUCCAAUUAGAACAUUUUUGCAUAUAAUAAAUGACUUAUUAUUGGAACGAAUAUUUCUUGAUAUUGCGAAUACUGUGAUGCAUGUUGAACACAACAUGCAUUUUAUGCCGGGCAUCGCCGAAUUAUUUCAUCCAAAAUACAAACAAAAUUUUCACAUUUCAAACAAUUUUAAAGCAAUUUCAAUUUGCCUAGCGUAAAUAUAGUAAAUGCCCCAUAUCGCAUAUACGAUUUCGAACAUUAAAUACAAUUAUUUUUGAUAUAUUUAUAAGAAAACAAAAUACAAGCUAUACUACAAAAUAUGUAAUAUAUGCGCAUAUAUCUUUUGUUUUUAAUUCUUUACAUAACUUAUUAAGCAUAUGAAUAAGGAAAAACAAUUUUCGAUUCUGUUUAAUAUAUAUAUUCAUUUGUGUGUUGUAUGUAGUUCCAUUAUGUAAAUGAAAAAAAAAAAAAAACAAACAAAUUAUAUUUAUUCAAUAUGAUAAUUACACGUAGUCAA